AGCAAAACAACAACAAUAAAAAAAGGGGUUUGUUUACAUUAGAAUGACAAGUGCUGGCAUACAGAAUAGAUAGCGAUAACGAGCCUAAACCAUUUUGGUCUGUUAUCCUUUUGGGGCGUUGGAGGGUAUUGGGUGGAAAGUGCAAGGCAUUAAAACAGAUGGCUUCACUAACACCUGACACCCCAGGAAAUCACAUAGAGGCAACUAUUCCUAACACUGAGCAGUUUGAUGGAGUAACUCUAUAUAAUAUCAGUAUAACAGUAGGGCCUGUUUGUUGGUCUGUCAAACAAAGGUAUAAUGCCUUCUCUGAGCUACACGAUAAGUUAGUGUCCAACCAUGGAGUAGCAAGAGACCUUCUUCCUCCAAAAAAGAUUAUUGGUAACAAAGAUCCAGCUUUUGUGGAGAAGAGGAGAGGAGAUCUUCAACUUUAUUUACAGACUAUUAUUAACUUCAUGCAUCAUGCCUUACCCCGUGAAUUGGCUGAAUUUUUGGACUUCCAUGAAUAUGAGCUGACCCAUCUCCUACAGUCUUUAGCCAGAAGAUUUUUUCAUGAAGGCGACCAGUUAUUGGUAGAUAGUCAACCUGUGACAUUUACACCAUUACAGUUACAUGCCAUCUCACACCGUCUCAAAAAUCCCCUACCAAGAAAUGUGGCUUCAGAACAAGAAACUGACUUCAGCCAUGUCGCUGAUUUUGCAUCCCAAGUCAAAUAUCUCGUUGUGGAAGGAAGCAAUGAAUUUCACAGGACCAGCAAUAUUGUCCAAAACAAGUUAUCAUAUUCUCUUAAUACCUUUCAAAAUGUUGAAAAGCUUGCCAUUAUAAAGGCCAGGGUAAGUAACAUUGGACACCUUGGUGCAGUGAGAAGGACCACAAAAUCAUUGGUGGUUAAUGAAAGUGAGAUGAAAACAAUGUCUGAUGUCCUCAUGUGUGGUGCAGUAUACAAAGAAACUGUUGAAGGAAGUGAACCUCAUAUAUGGGCUCUCUUGACUGAUGUUGAUGUCAGUUUUAAUGAGAUUAGUAAGAUUGAUGACUCUAUUACUUUGGCUCCUAAUAUAGAGAAGUUAAACCUAAGUAAUAAUAAGUUGUCAUCAAUUGAUAGUCUGACAAGUUUACCUCAUUUGGUAUCACUGAAUUUAUCAAGUAAUCUUUUUUCAGAAUUAGAUGAAAUGCACACAAAACUUGGCAAUGUUGUAGAGUUAAACUUAUCACAAAAUAAUCUGAAGUCUCUGAAAGGUCUGGGGAAAUUGUAUUCUCUUACAUCACUCAAUGUUUCCACAAAUAAUAUCCUUGAAAUAGUAGAAGUUAGUCACAUAUCUCGGCUCCCUUGUCUUGAAACGCUUAUCAUUACAGGAAAUCCUGUAGCAACAGUUGUAGACUAUAGAACCAAAGUUUUGGAGCUCUUUUCACAAAGGGCUUCAGAGAUAUGUUUGGAUAAUGAAAGACCAACUCGAAGAGAGUUGGAUACUGUAGCUGUUUUACAAGCCAUACGAGCAUCAAGGGAAGGUCGACUGCCCACACUCAGUUUUUCCAAUCCAGUGCCUAUUUCAACAACCACUCUUGCCUUUGUAACACCAGACAUAGCAACUGCUGUUAGUGAGUCUUCUAAUAAUGAUUGACUAAGUCCAUAUUUGAUUAAGAAGUUGUUAUUUUAUCUUAAUGCCCUAGAAGGUUGUUGGAAAUUGAUCAUCUCCCUGUGAAUACUCGAGUUUUCAUUCCAUUCCAUUUUAUUGAAGAAAAAUUUUAAUAUAUUGAUGCAUUAUAGUUUUGUAUAUUAUAGGCCUACCUACUAAUUAUGAACUGUGUAUGCAUUGAAAAACGUGCUUUUAACAUGAAGUAGUUUCUAUGUUGAAUGCUCUCAUUGUUAUAAAAAUCUUGCCAUCAUUCAUUAUCAUUUGUUAAGUACUGUAGGUAACUCAUCUUAUUGAAGACCAAGUCAUAGUUUUGUGCAUAGUAUAUGUAUUGUGUUGAUUUUUGUAUUAUUUAAUACAUGUAUUUAUUCAUUUGUAUAUUUAAAAUUAUUAAUGUUUAUCCACUAACCCAUAACAGCUGAUCCUUUUUAAAACAAAAAGAAUUAUUGAAAAUUAUGUAUCAUUAUAUUUUACUGGACAGUAUUUUGUUCUGUUAUGUUUCAAUUGUCCUCAGUUAUAAUUUCAUUUUGCAGUUGUAGAGAACUGUUACUUGUAUCUAAUGUCACUGCCUAUAUAUAUUGAAUUUUGUACUCAGUAAUGCAUUUAUCUGAAAAAAUAACUUUGCAAAGCUAAGCAUAUGUCCCUCAGGCAACCAUGAAGUGGUUUUAUCUUUGUCAGUUGGUUAACCCAAUUCUUUAGAAUGUUUUAUUUCAUCUCAAACCCAUUAUUUUAAGAUAGCUUAUUUAUUAUGUGCCCCAGACAGUUCAAUCCAACUGAAGAAGGAAAAGAUCAGGUAUCUUAGGUUGGUUAAAGGAUACACUCUUAGUCCAUUAGGCCUCUGGUAAUUAACUGUGACAACAGCCAAGUAACUUUGUCGGAGUUAGUUUUAAUAAACUAGUAAAUGUAUUAAUAUUAAGAGUAGGGAAUAGGCUGUUUCAUUCCUAAAAGUAUUUUUUUCUGCGAAUGGGAAUUAAUGUUAAAAGAACGAUAUACAGUAUUGAAUGAUUAUAAAAGAGAUGUUAUAUGUAUCUAAAUUAAAUAAGAACUAAUUUCUUCAAAAUUAGGAGUCAUGUAAAUUCUGGUAAAUAAUUAUCAUUAUAAUACCAGCGAUAAUUCAAUUAUGUUUUGGUUUAUGGUUCUUAAGUGUCCUUUCUUCCAAGUAGAUUUGUUAUAUUUUAUAGUGCAUUACCCAGUUUUAAGUAUUUGUUUUUUAGUGCUGUACAGUACGCUGAUAUUCCGUUUUUCCGGAAAAUUUCAGUUUAUUGUAUGUUUUUCUGUUAAUGUUAUUCAUAUAAUUACUACCAGGUUUUCAUCAUCAUAAGUGGAUGAUGUUAAACUUUUUUUAGAGAAAUUAUACUAAUGGCAAGUUUGGGCUAUAUUUACCUAAUGAAAAUUAGGCUAUAAAGCCAAGCACACAGCUGCUUCCAACCAUCCAAUGUUGAAGACAAUGAAAAGAGGUACUAGUCCAAGUGAUUGGACAGAAAGAUUGAAAAAAGACGUAGAAUGGCGGUGAAGUGAAUGGCUAAAAAGUGGGUGCAACUAGGGACUGAAGGGAUGCUGCACACAACUUUGAACAAACUUUAAAAGAACCCAUAGAAACUACAUGUUUAAUAGGAAAAAACCAUUAAUUUGGAUUAAUAAACUUUUGUAAUCUUGAUCACUGAAGAAUGUGAUCUGUAAUAAGUUUACAAAAACUUUGUUAAUCAAAAUAUGUGCUUUUUUCAUGAAAAUGAUGUGGGCCUUUUCAACUACGUACGUACACAGAAACAGUUAGAUUAUAGUAAAAGACCAACUUUCAGUAAUAUUUGCAGUGAAAACUGAAUGUACUGUUAUUACAGUUUCAAUAUGAUGAAUAUUUUAAAAUGCCAGAUUUAUUUAAAAAAUCACCAAUUCUGAUAAGACUUCAGCACUCCUAUAAAAACUAUGUAGAUACAUAAAAGAUGAACCAUACAUUGCAUAAAGCUGUGGUAGUAUUUAUUAAGUCAUUUUUUAGGGAGUCUUUGUAGUAGUACAUUGAUUUUGUAAUGCUACAACCCAUCUGUCUCAAGUAGCUUAAAAAAGCUUAUAAUUCUCAGAUUGUUCAACAACUGGUUAUGGAAAAAAAAGUUGUACUAGUGAUCUAUGAGCCCUUCUUUAAUUGACUUCAGGAGAAAAAAUAUGCCAAGUUUAAUUUGACUUAGCUUCUGAAAACUACCUACUUGAAGAUAGGUAUAUCUACAAUUGAUAUAACAAAAAGUUUGGUCCCUUAUUGUGCAGUUUCAGUGAAUACCUUUGUCAUUUUUUCUUUAUCUGAAUUAUAUUAACACUGCUACAAUUCUUCUCAGAUUGUUACAACAGUUUUGGUAAUCUGUUGUAUUUUCAUACUUACCCUUUUUUUUUUCAACUAACUCUUCAUCAUGUAAUCAAACUUCCUUUCAUACUUUUCAUUGCUAAGUUAUGAUACAAUCAGGUCUGCAUUUUUCAUCUUCCCUAUUUUCCCAUGGCUGUUGAACUUACUUCAUGCUUUUUUUGCUUCCCUUUUUACUCAUCCUUCAAGAACAUAUUAUUUUUAGUUGUAAGAGUCAAAUGUGGCAGUGGAUCUGAUGCUAAACUGCAUGUUGUAACUAUUGUCUGUGAUAAAUUAAAGAUCUGUAUAUACAGUACAAUAAAGUACAAUAUUUUUUUGAUAAAACAAGCCAUUAAAAAGAGCCAGCUUAUAGAUGCAGUUUGUUUUAAUUACAGUAUGGACAUUAUAAAAAGAUAAAAGGGUGUGCAUCAGUUGUAUUAGUCAUAAGUUGAGAUUGUUUUCUCAAAAGAAAAUUUUAUAGUGUGAAAAUAAAAUGAUGGUAUUGU